AGUGUUGCCAGCGCGCGCUUUUUGGUAGGGAAUGCUGAGCUGCCGUCGCCGUGUGCAGUGCUGUCGAAUACAAAGAGAGACGCAAGACAUUCCGAUUUAUUUCCGUCUGCAAGUUGGGAUAGUAGUCGAACGUCGACGGGCUGUAUGGGCAGCAACAUUUCAGUCGGCCGCUGGAUGAACGGCUAAGAAGACGCGGCGGUAUACAUUCGGUAUAUACUCCAUUAUAUUUCGAUUGGAUUGAAAAACCCAAAGUGAGAAAUUGAGAAAAAUCCGCCGAUGCCGUCGUCGACCGGUGGCGGCGAGGGGGGCGGUGAGAAGCCCAAGGGCAAGUGUUUGUUUUACUUGCGCAACAUCGCGACGUUCCUGGUGUCGCACAUCGGCCUGGUUUCGCUCGUCGUCGGCUAUUGCAUCAUGGGCGCCUUCACGUUUGAAGCCCUCGAAGCCAAGCACGAGCUGCAGGUCAAGCGGGAAAUGAUCAAAGUCAGGGAAGGCGUCACCGACGACUUGUGGAGGUUCACCUACAAGAUGGACGUCCUCGUCCAGGACGACUGGACCGUCAAUGUCACCGAUCGGCUCAAGAAAUUCGAGAUGCACCUCAUCGAAUCCAUGAAGAAGAAAGGAUGGGACGGAAGUGAAGAAACGGAUAAAGUCCAGUGGACACUGGCCGGCGCACUCUUCUACUCCAUCAUUUUGAUCACCACCAUCGGAUAUGGGCAUAUCGCUCCCAAAACGCCAUGGGGUAAAAUGGUGACCAUCUUUUACGCCAUUCUGGGUAUUCCCCUUAUGCUGCUCUGCCUGGCCAAUAUCGGCGAUGCGAUGGCCCAUUCGUUCCGGUUCCUCUAUUGGAAAGUUUGCUGCUACGUCUGCACGAAAAAGCCGAAAAAGUCACGACUGAGGCGGCAGCGGACCAGGCGAUCCAACAGCGGACGACAGUCGGCCAGGUAUCAAUCUUCGGCGGCUGGACCUGCUGGCAGUAAAGUGAAUUCAUUGCGGCGCUCGCAGCGCUACUCGCAGCGCUCCGCAGAUUCCGCCAUGUCGGACAGCGCCGUUUCACGCUCUUCUUAUUCCGAAACGGAUCAAGAAUCAAAGUUUUACGACGAUGCGGAACGUGAAUUCGACAUGAUGCAACAAAUGAACGGACCCCAGAGAGGUCGACGGUCUCAGCAUCACGGCCGGAACAAUCGACCAAUAACUACAGCUCCCGGGUCCACUCGUCCCGGCCGUGGAAAUAACGCGGAAACGGAAAUGGGCCCCGGGGGCGGAGCGAUCGAUUACCCGCCGUCGACACCCACCAGCCCCAGUACGCCGAAAACGAACGAUCCCAACGCCAUGGAGAGCGGAUUCUUCAACAACAAAUAUGCCGAUGAUCAAGCGGACAACAACGGCCGGAACAAAACCGAUCAUCCAGCCGAUGCCGUCAAUAAAUCGGGAGUCGAUAGAAAUCGCGGCGGGAGCGACAAGCGGCACGACCGUUUGGAAUUGGAAUCUGAUCUGGACGGAGUUGAAGGCAAGGAAAUGAUGCGACCAAUGGCUCAUCGUUAUUCCAACCGAUCACCUGGAACGUCUGGAGCUGGCAGCGGCAGCGGCGGCAGUAAUCGUCUCAGCCGACUGACGGAGCAGGAAGAAGUCGACUACGAUGACGAUUACGUCUACGAGGACGACUACAUCGACUCGGAAGAAGAAGAAGAUGUCCAUCACAACAAACCGGUGCCCAUCUGGUUGAGCAUUUUACUGGUGGUCGGUUACAUCUUUGGCGGGGCCUUCCUCUUCAGCGGAUGGGAGCAGUGGUCCUUCCUGGACUCGGCUUAUUUCUGUUUCAUUACUCUGACCACAAUCGGUUUUGGCGACUUUGUUCCGGCGCAAAACGUCAAAGAAAACGUCGAGAUCAGCAUUGCCCUCUGCUCACUUUACCUGCUCUUCGGUAUCGCUCUGCUGGCCAUGUCCUUUAAUCUGGUCCAGGAAGAAGUUAUCAAUUCGGUUAAAUCCGUUGCCAAACGAUUGGGAAUUAUCAAAGAUGACGAUGAUGAGGAUGACCGAUAAGAAAAAGCCAAGCUGACCACAAUAUUAAAAAAAAAACAUAAACAAAAAA